AAUGUGUUGAAACAACAAUGAGCGAAUCAACGGAUAUACAGCCGGAUUUUAAGCAAUUCCCGCCAGGGAUUAGCUAUACAAUCUUUAGCAAGGAAAGCGAGUUGAAGGACAUUCAAAGCCUGAUCGACAAGGAACUCUCGGAGCCUUAUUCCAUCUAUACCUAUCGCUACUUUGUCUACAAUUGGCCCCAACUCUGCAUCUUUGCUCGGCAUGGAGAACGCUAUGUGGGUGUGAUUGUUUGCAAGAUGGAAUCCUUGGGCUGCAUGUUGCAAGGAUACAUUGCCAUGUUGGCUGUGGAUCCCACGUAUCGUCUAUUGAAGAUUGGCACAACGCUGGUGGAGAAGGCCAUUGAUGUGAUGAUUCAAGAGAGUGCCGAUGAGAUUGUCCUCGAAACGGAGUUGACCAACAAGGCGGCAUUGCGUCUAUAUGAUAGUCUGGGUUUCAUACGAGAGAAGCGUCUGGUGCGCUAUUAUAUGAACGGUGUGGAUGCACUGCGUCUCAAGCUGCUGCUGCCAUGGCGUCAAUCCGACGAGGAGAACUCCUAAGCUGCCAAAUUAUCGAGUUUUUAAUGAUUGUUUUAUUUUAUUUUAUUUUGGUUUUCAAUGUUGCGAUGUGAUGAUGAAGUCUG